CUGAACUUCAAGUGUCACACUGACGUUCCCUUUGUCAAAAUAAUAAUAAAUUUUCAGAAAUUUCAAAUAUGCCACAAUAAAUCUGUUUUUAUUCCGUUUGAUUAUUAAAUUACGAUAAAAUGGGUGCUCUUUUAACAACGAGACAGAACGAUGGUGUCGAAGAAGUCGACAUAGCCUCGAAUCAUUCUUACAAGUAUCCACCCAGAUCUGGCAAUUAUUUCGGAAGCCACUUCAUAAUGGGCGGAGAACGUUUCGACACGCCACAACCGGAGUCCUACCUAUUCGGUGAAAACUCCGAUUUGAACUUCCUCGGAAGUAGACCAACGCCAUUUCCCUACCCUCCACCGCAACCCAACGAACCCACAAAGACAUUAAAAUGCCUAGUAAACAUACGAAAAGAAUCGUUGAGAUUCGUAAGAACCAGCAACGAUUACAGCAAAUUAAGCAACGUCGACAAAGGCGAAUACAGAGAUGUCGAAUUGGGCACCAACACAUCCUUCAACAUCGAGUUCACCUUCGAUUGUGACGUUCGAUGCGCCAUCACCGUUUAUUACUUCUGCACGGAAGAAUUUACUACCACCGGUGUGGCGUACAUUCCGAGACACCCUUCGCUCACGUCCGAAACAUUCCACUACAGCCGCGGCUCCAACCAGCAAUUCUGCCAGCCGGCGCACGCCUUCAAUCCGGCGCGAUACAACGAGGACGAGCUCCUCUACGACGUCGACCGAGAACUCAUCCCCAUCGCCAUACAUUGCGUCACCGAAGAGGGCCCCGAGGAGAUGCGCCAAUCCCACACCACCAUCGCCAUAGUCGAGAAAAUCACCGACGGGACCUACCUGUUGAAGGCCCUAAAGCAGAAGCUGUUCGUCGACGGGCUCUGUUAUUUGCUGCAAGAAAUCUACGGGAUCGAAAACAAAAAUAACGAUAAGGCGAGUGGAGACGACGAUACCGACGAUAACGGUUCCGAAUGCGUAAUUUGCAUGUGCGACGUAAGGGACACGCUGAUACUGCCCUGUCGCCAUUUGUGCCUCUGCAAUUCGUGCGCGGACGCGCUGAGAUACCAGACCAACUACUGUCCGAUUUGCCGGGCUCCGUUUAGAGCUCUGCUGCAAGUUAGAGCGUUGCAGAAGAGUCCCACGUCGAAUCUCGCCGCCAUCAGCCCGCCGGACGGCAGUUGCGAUAACAUUCCGCCGGGAUAUGAGGCAGUUUCUCUGAUAGAAGCUUUAAACGGCCCUUGCAUACCUCGUCAACCGCCGUCGGCGGCUAUGCCGGAUUUGGUGGAGACGCCCGAGAACGAGCACGCCAUACAAGCGGCUCAGAUUUUGAAUAGACAAUGCGACCGCAGCACUCCGACGAAAAAGAGAGGAGGCGGUUUGGAGCCGCCGCACAGUCCGGAUUACAGUCGCGACAUUAACAUGUUGACUACAAGGCGAAUAGAAGACGAAGAUAGCAACAAGGACGGUAAAUUGCCUUUGUUGGAGAAGGAAAUUGACCGAAGACGAAAGCGAGACGAUGUCAGAUUGAUUAACGAGAAGAACGAAAAGGAAGCUAAUGUUGACGAAGACAGUGAAACUGAAAAGUUGUCGCCACUUUUGCAAAAAAUCGAUAGGUCUACUUCCAAAACCAACAAUUUAGCCUUGAACAUGGAGGACGUUGUCGAUCCGAUCGAUGAUCAAUAUACUGACGAUCAAGAGGACCACCAGGAACUACCCGAAAAAUGCAAAACUUACGGUGAGAGAGGCGACGAAUCGGACUACUACACGCCGGACGAGCCGAUCCCGUCGGCGCCGCUCUACGAAGGGACAAACGUCAGCUCGGUGGAGAGUACGCCCCAACGCUUGCCGGGUACGCCGUUGUCGCACGCGAGCGUUCGCAGCAGCGGCGACAGCUACACGAGCGGGUCCAGUACUCGCCAUUUGUUGGCCAUCGCUGGUACUGGGUUGGUUCAAGAGAAGUCCGUCAAUGUGUGAAGGUAUUUUUCUCGGUAGGUUCGUAAGUAAAAUGCACUAAAUGGGGCCGAAGGGUUUUUUUUAUCACUUCCGUGUAGAGAAUAGUUGGUAGAACAAUUAAUAGUCAUUCUUAUGAUGUAUUAUUCCCAGCUUAAAAAUGUCUUUUUAGUGUGUUUUACUUAGAUUGUUUUAUUGUAUCAUACACAGUUUGUUCUGAUUGGUUAAUCUCUCGUAUACUAUUUUAAUUUUGUGCAUUGUUUUCCGUCCCAUAUUUUAUUAUUUAUCUCAAAUGAUCGAAUCGCAAAUAGAAUAUUUUAAUUAAUAAGUUUAAUGGCAUUGCUUGAACAUUUUAGAUUUUUAAUAUUAGGGCAACACAAGUUAUCAAAUUAUUUGUAACUCUCGAAAAUUGAGAAUCUGUUACAAAUUAAUUAUAAAUCAAGUUCUGCCAUUAGUAUGAGCAUUUCCAUUACAGUUAUUUGAUUAUUAAAUUUAAUAUUAAUUUUAUAUACUCCAGCUUUUACAAUAUAUACAGUGUGUCCGCGUAAAUAAUACAUCACCUGUGUAUUCAUUAAAAAUAAUGUAUGUAGAAAUAAUCUUUUGUGAUAGAUUGAAAUUAUAAUAUAACUUAUAAAGUGGCCGUUUUUGAAAAAGAAAACAUGGAAAAAGGGUAGAAUAUAGUUAAUAUUAAGUUGUAAAUAAUUUUAUCGAGCUCAAUACUUUACAUUACCUGUAACUACAAGAGAAUUAUUUAACUUCUUGUUAGGUGCCAAUUUUUAAUUCUUUUUUAAUUUCAAAACAGUGCAAUGCUUGUUCAAUGCUGGUUAAGACUGACUGUUAAUCACAUUUUUUAUCGGUAUGAUUAAUUGCUAAUUAAUUGUUUGAUCUAGUUACAGUUAGUGUACGUGUUUUUUUAUUAAUUUGUAUAAUUUGAUGGAAUCUAUAGGUAUUUUGGUUAGUUAAUUUUAUACUGUAAAAAAUAAAUUUACGAAGAAUUGUAGGUGUUAUUCAAAUGGAUUAAACAUUUUUUCUCUACCGAGUUUAGGCUAUACGAAAUUGUUUCGGAUAAUCCAACGGAUAUUCGGAUAAUUCAUAAACAUGAUAAUCCACCAAAGCUAAACCCCGCUUAAAUUAAUUUAUAUAUACAGGGUGUCCCAAUGAAAAGUAGCCC